ACUGCGGGGGCGGCGGCUCGGGGAACCAGGCGAGCGGAGGCCCGCGGCCGGGCGCCCCAUGGCGUUCGCGCUGCUGCGCCCGGUCGGCGCGCACGUGCUGUACCCGGACGUGCGGCUGCUGAGCGAGGACGAGGAGAACCGCAGCGAGAGCGACGCGUCGGACCAGUCGUUCGGGUGCUGCGAAGGGCUGGAGGCGGCGCGGCGCGGCCCGGGUCCCGGGGGCGGGCGGCGGGCAAGCGGCGGCGCGGGCCCGGUGGUGGUGGUGCGGCAGCGACAAGCGGCCAACGCGCGCGAGCGGGACCGCACGCAGAGCGUGAACACGGCCUUCACCGCCCUGCGUACGCUCAUUCCCACCGAGCCGGUGGACCGAAAGCUGUCCAAGAUCGAGACGCUGCGUCUGGCGUCCAGCUACAUCGCGCACCUGGCCAACGUGCUGCUGCUGGGCGACGCGGCCGACGACGGGCAGCCGUGUUUCCGCGCGGCGGGCGGUGGCAAGAGCGCGGUCCCCGCCGCCGACGGCCGUCAGCCGCGCUCCAUCUGCACCUUCUGUCUCAGCAACCAGCGCAAAGGGGGUAGCCGUCGUGACCUGGGGGGCAGCUGCUUGAAAGUGAGGGGUGUAGCCCCCCUUCGAGGGCCUCGGCGAUGAGCCUGGGUCCCUGCAGUGUUUGCUUCAAGAAGGACUCCAGAGAAAGAGGCCAGGAGCCAGCAGCCCCUCACUGGACAGGGGAGAAGAUUCCAGAAGCUCAAACCACUCCUGCUUUGUGUAGGGACCAUAGGACAAUGGCCCGGACACAGCGUUCACCCUGGAGAGCCUUGAGGACCCAUCUAGCCAGCCAGGCCUAGCUGGCCAGGGACAAGGCAGAGAGUUCAGAAAACCAAAGACUAUUUUUGAAAGUGUGCGUGUGUCUGCGUGAAUGUGAUAUGUGAGAGA